AGGAUGACUGGAAGGAGUUUGAGCAAAAGGAAGAAAUUGAUUAUAGUGGUCUUAGAGUUCAGUCCAUGCAAAUAAGUGAAAAAGAAGAUGAUGAAAGUGAAAAAAGAGAAGAACCUGGUGACAACUGGGAGGAGACUGGUGGUGGUGUAGACAGAUCAUCUGGUCCUUGGAACAAGUCAGCUCCUGCACCAGCACCUGUUGUUGAACCAAUUGUUACAGAAACCCCAGAACCAGUUCAGACUGGUGGUGUAUACAGGCCGCCUGGUGCCAGGGAGGGCGGCAGGCCACGGAGAGCACAGCAAGGACCACCAGAAAUAUAUAGUGAUACGCAGUUUCCAUCACUGCAGUCCACCGCCAAGCUUGUAGACAGUCGAAAAUACUGAGCCUUCGUAAAGGUUGACUACCUCAGACUUGCUGCACUCAUUGUGGACACCAUGUGGAUCACAACUUCUGGAAGAGAAGGUUACAGCUGUUUUAGUGGCCAUCUGAAACUUGAAACCAGCUCUACUGGAUUCCUGUCAGAAAUCCUGCAGAAGUCAGCCAUUUGGUUCCAAUUUGCUAUAACAAAGAUUUAAGUGACCUUAAUGACAAACCUAUUCUAUUCCCCUGCUGAGGAAUCCUGUCAUGUGUAGCCAUAGCCUACUAGAGACUUCUGGAGUGUACCAUACCACUCAUACUAUCCAAGCAUAACAGAGCUGUAGUUGGUUUACCUUUUUAGAUAGCUGUACUGAAGUAACUGCAAAACAAAUUAAAACUCAUUCAGUAUCAGAUUUGAGGAAUGAUGAGUUUGAAUGGUCUGUUUGCAUUAGCCAUUUUCACAGUUGUCUGUUUAAGCUUUUUUUUUUCCUAUUCUCCACAAAAAAAUGCUUGCCUUGUUUCUGGUAUCAAAUUGCAGCAUAUUUAAAUAACGAUGAGCUGUUGUAGUGAAAUAGGAUUUAUUUUGAUUUUCAUCAUGAGGUUUGUCUGUCUCACCCUAAAGCACUAAGACUUAAGAGUUUUGAUUUGACACAGAGGUAUCCAGACUCCCAACUACAGUCUUCAGAAUUUGUCUUUUAAAAAUGAGAUACGUGGCAGUAGCAAUACUAGAUAAAAAUUUCUCCUCUAUUACAAAUAGUUAUUUGUUGAAGGGUAACGGUUACUUGAUAACCAAAAUAACUUAGUAUGCAAAGGGAUAACUAAAGCUGGUAAGCCUUAUUUGUUUGGCUACUUCUGUGAAGCAUGCAGGCUUUUUGAGGCAGAAAUCCUCUAAGUAAAACUCAUUAAUGGUGUUUAUUCAAAGUCAGGAAAUUUAGUAACAAUGGAAGACAGUGACUUCUUCAAGUUGUUGUCAUCUCUGACUUAAUUUCGUGGAAGUAGGCAAAAUGGCACUGAUCUACUAAGAAUAUAGGACAUUGCCUGUAACUCUGAUUUGAUGAAUGAAACCUGUCAAGUACCAAAAGCGUCCUGCUGUAACUGUUUUUCUCUUCUCUGAAUUCUUACACCAGAAGCAAAAUGAAGUACAAUAGUGGCGUGCUCCAGUGUUGAGGUUUCUCAGAGUAAAUGCCAAAAAAUAGACCCAACAUCCAUAAGAGUUGCCAAUGGCAAGAAAAACAAGGGAACAAAACAAAACUUGCUUACAUGUGUGGGAGUACUGUGUAUGUGCAGAAGAUGAGGAUAGUGCAGGAAUCGCCUAGUUGGGUUCCCUUUGACUAACUGUUGACUCGCUUUAAAUCUCCUUCUCUGAGGCCAAUGGGAAUCUUGCUGUUGACUUCAGUGGGGCUGGGGUUUCACCUGGUUCCUUUGUGCACAGACUAAAACUGGCCUUGCCCUUGCAGAGUUAACUGUCUCUAAAACUUCUGCUAGAAGCUGCUAUUAAAGAGAGGGCUCAAGAGACUGUUCUUUAAAGUUGGAGACUUCAUUUGGAAACAAAACCCCACUGAAAGCCUGAUCCCAAUCCCUUGGACUCUGAGCCAUGUAUCUUCCUUGAAAAUACAUUGUUGCCAGCAAAACUGUUGAUUUGUCAGUAAAGAUUUUCUGUGGUAUUCAUGGUAAAUGGACAUGUCGCUUGAUGUGGUAGAAAUGUGAAAUCUUAAAAACACUUUUCCUCGUUCUCUGAAGCGAUUGAGAUCACCAAUGCACAUGAAUCAAGUUUUAGUCUACUGUGUGAAGGGUAGAUGAGACUGUCCAUUGUACCGUCUUUAUUUGAGGUUUUGGGAAUGAAUUCUGGCAGUUCAAGAAAACCUGUAACAGUUUCAAAUUAAAUAAAAUGGAAAUAUACAUGGA